UCACCAUCAACUCAAGUUUUUGCCGACACUCGUUUGGCCUGCACUCUCGUAGAGCGUCUAGCUGUCGCGAUCUCUAAUUCCGAGCCUGUUCUUCUAGUUGGUGAGACCGGAACGGGUAAAACCUCAUCUAUCCAACGUCUCGCUCUCAUGGCUGGUCGUCGACUUCGGGUGCUCAAUCUUAACCAACAGUCUGACAGUGUAGAUCUCCUAGGUGGUUUUAAGCCUGUGGACUCUAGAGCACUGGUUAAUCCUAUCCGGGAGAAAUUCGAGAGUCUUUUUGUACGUACUUUUCGUCUAGAAUCGAAUCGCAAUUUCCUCGGACAUAUCCAAGCAUGUGCAACGGCUGGCCGAUGGCGUGACCUCUUAACACUUCUCAAACAUCCGGCCACAUUAGCUAUUCGAAAGCUCUUGGCUCCUCAAAACAAAGAGACUGAAAGUAUAACAAAUAAAGGUGGUAGUAGUAGUGGUCAGCAGCCGAAAGCUACUCUUGAAGAGUGGCAGGGCCUUUUGGCUGAGCUAGAAACCUUUGAAAGUCGGUUGUCUGCUUCAUCACAAGCAAGUGAAAACGGUGGCAUUAAUUCCACAUCUUUCGCCUUCGCUUUUAUCGAAGGAACUUUGGUUCAAUCUCUGGAGAAGGGAGACUGGUUGCUUCUAGAUGAGAUCAAUCUUGCCCCGGCAGAACUUCUUGAUUGCCUAGCUUGUCUUUUAGACUCGACUCGUGGGUCCGUGACUCUUAUCGAUAGAGGCGAUAUAGAACCAGUUCGCCGUCAUCCGGAUUUCCACCUUUUCGCGGCGAUGAACCCCUCAACAGAUGUGGGUAAGCGUGACCUCCCCAUGGGCCUACGUAAUCGAUUUACUGAGAUACGUGUGGCAGAACUAGAACCUGCUACGAGUGCUGCAGAUCGGGAGGACUUGGCACUUCUUAUUCGUACAUAUCUCGUCGCUCUUAGUCCUACGGCGGCUCAAGUCUCGGCUGUUGUUCAACUCUAUGCGGCUCUUAAGCAAGCAGCAAACGAAAGACUAAUUGAUGGAGUUGGUCAGCCUCCUUGCUUCAGCUUGCGAACUCUUUGUCGUGCCCUUACAGAAGCCUCGCGAGGCUAUCAUGGCAGUUUUUUGCGGUCUCUAUAUGAAGGGUUUUACUUCAGUUUCGGCUCUCAGGUAGGCAGAGCCAGCCGUCCUUUGCUUGAACGUCUAAUUCUUUCAUAUCUCCUCACUACUACAAAGCAAUCGCCUGGAACCAAAAAUGACAAAACAGCCCUAGCACGUCAAUUCCUUUCCAAACCCCUUCCCCAGCCCCCACUUCGAGACGGUGAUCGUGGUUAUGUUCAAGUUGAAGGCUACUGGGUCCCCCAAGGACCCCUUAAAAUUCUUGAAGAAAAAGAUGAUGCUGUGAGGAAGUCUUAUGUUCUCACAGAAACCGUUCGUGGUAAUCUGAAGGAUCUAGCACGUGUUGUUUCUGCAGCAGGAAGCUUGCCUGUACUGCUUCAAGGUGAGACCUCAGUAGGAAAGACGUCUCUCAUCACCUUCUUGGCUGCAAGAGUUGGUCAGGUCUGCCACAGAAUCAAUAACCAUGAACAUACUGAUCUACAGACAUAUCUUGGUGCCUAUACAGCUGCUUCUGCUACUUCUGCCUGUAAAAACGCCGGCAGUGGUUCGGGAGCGGUACCACUCGUUUUCCAGGAGGGUAUAUUUGUUCAGGCAAUGAAACAGGGACACUGGAUCAUACUGGAUGAAUUGAAUCUUGCACCCACUGAAAUUCUUGAAGCGCUUAACCGCGUUUUAGAUGAAAAUCGCGAACUCUUCAUCACCGAGACUCAAGAGAUGGUGAAAGCGCAUCCUCAUUUUCGAGUUUUCGCUACUCAAAACCCUCCUGGUCUCUAUGCUGGUCGUAAGGUGCUAUCGCGAGCUUUGAGAAAUCGAUUCGUUGAGUUACACUUUGAUGCGUUGCCUCGAGCUGAGCUGGAAGUCAUUCUUGAACACCGUUCAGCGUUACCACGGUCUCGAGCGGCAAAAAUGGUUGAAGUCAUGCACCAGCUACAUCUCAUUCGCCGCUCCUCCGACAUCUUCCGAGGCAAGGAUGGUUUUAUCACGCUUCGAGAUCUAUUCCGCUGGGGUGAACGUUACAGACUAGCUACCUGUAAUCAAGGGAAGGAGAAUGAGUUAUUUGAUUGGGACGCUUAUUUGGCUGAACAGGGUUACCUAUUGCUCGCGGGUAGAGCUCGACAUGCCGAUGAAGCUAAGGCUGUUGCUGACGUUAUCCAGAAGGUUUUUAAGAAACAAAUUCACGAGGAAAAUCUGUAUGAUAAGAGUGAGAACACAUCAGCGGUCGCAGCUGAGUUUUUAUCGGUAAUAAAUAAUCCCCUUGGAGGAGAAUUUGAUCAUAUUGUCUGGACCAGGGAUAUGAGACGUCUACUAGUUCUUGUUGGCAACGCUCUUAAAUACAAUGAACCCAUCCUCCUUGUUGGUGAAACUGGGUGUGGCAAAACGACCAUCUGUCAGAUCUUUGCUGCACUUCGAAAACGUAAUCUUCUUUGCGUGAAUUGUCAUCAAUACACUGAAGCAGCCGAUUUUCUCGGUGGUCUUCGUCCCAUUCGAACGCAUCAGCCUGAUGAUCCCAACACCACGGAUGAUCGUCUCUUCGAAUGGGUGGACGGUCCUCUUGUGCUUGCUAUGGUUCAGGGCGACAUUUUUCUUUUAGACGAGAUCUCUCUUGCUGACGAUGCUGUCCUCGAACGUAUUAAUAGUCUCCUUGAGCCUGAGCGCAAAAUUUGUCUUGCCGAACGUUGUGGCGACUCCUUGGAGUCUGAGGAGAUUACUGCUGUUGCUGACUUCCGUCUCCUAGCAACCAUGAACCCUGGUGGCGAUUAUGCGAAGAAGGAACUCUCUCCAGCUCUGCGCAAUCGUUUCACUGAAAUCUGGUGUCCAUCACCGACUUUUAUCGUAGAGAAAUCGGCGAUUGAAAUGACCGAUUGGCAAGCUAUUGUUGAGCACAAUUUGCGCCGAAGUGAUCUGCUUGUUGAUUUGACUCCCUUAGCCAAAGCCAUUGUGGAUUUCUGUUGGUGGUUUGCUCAAGGUCGCACUGAGGUGGUGUGUGGAGGAAUGGCAAGAAAGCGACGAUGUAGACGUCCAUUCCCUACUAUUCGAGAUUUACUUUCCUGGGUGGAAUUCAUGCAGAAUUUGGCGACUUCGAGGCAUGAUUUCUCUCGAGCUUCUAUCUUCAACGCAUGCCUUCAUGGUGCAGCAUUAAUCUUCCUGGACUCUCUAGAGGAAGAGGAACGUAGUUCUGAUGAGCAUAUGGAACAUGAGCCCUACCUCUUUGUUGACGAAAGUAGUCUUCAGACUUCUCCAGAGACACUUUAUAAGUUCAGUCCAGUUGGAGGGAUAAAUUUUCUUCUGAGGUGCCUUCUUACGCACUUUGAAGUUAAGGAAUCCAAUCCUGAUUUACUUGAUGAUAUUAGGACAGCAGCUCAAGAGUUUGUUAUGGGUCUUAACCUACAACCAGGUCAAUGUGUACCUGAACUGAAGGACUCAAAUAAGCUCUAUGGUUGUGAGCCAUUUUUUAUUGAAACAGGUCCAGAACUAUCACCCAAGGAGCUAGUUGGCUCACGAGCUCCGAUAAACUUUAGUCUGAGUGCCGUUACACCGGCGUCGAAUUUAUGUCGCCUCUUGCGAGCUUUACAACUUCCAAAACGUGCUCUGCUUCUUGAAGGUAGUCCGGGUGUCGGAAAGACUUCUCUAGUUUCCGCUCUCGCUAGAGCUGCUGGCCAUCGGGUUGUUCGAAUUAAUCUUUCCGAAGCAACUGAAGCAAGCGAUCUUUUUGGCUGUGAUCUUCCCGUUGAAGGAGCUGGUUGUGGAACAUUUGCUUGGUGUGAUGGACCCCUUCUUCAGGCCCUUCGACACGGACAUUGGGUGCUUCUUGAUGAGAUGAAUCUGGCCUCCCAAUCUGUGCUUGAAUGUCUGAACGCCUGUUUAGAUCAUCGUGGUUCUAUCUACAUUCCGGAGUUGGGAACCACUUUCCACGUCAAGCCUCGCGCGACCCGAUUAUUCGCCUGUCAGAAUCCUGUUGAAGAGGGUGGUGGUCGUCGUGCCCUUCCAAAGUCAUUUCUUAAUCGAUUUACUCAAGUCUACCUGAAACCCUUAACUGCGUCCGAUCAAAUAGCAAUUCUUAUUAGUAUAUACAACGAUCUGCCUGUUCCUCACAUCGAAGCCAUGGUUAAGUUCAACUCAAUGCUUCAAGACGCUGUUGAAAGAGGAGAUUCUUUCAACGCCGUGGCUGGAACUUCCUGGGAAUUCAAUCUCCGUGAUCUCUGUCGUUGGGGUGACCUUUUGAUUGCAGGUCAAGCUAACUUUGGCACCAACCCCGGCCUCUAUGUCUACCUUAUCUAUGCUGCUCGUAUGCGUUCUAAUGAAGACAAGACGAGAGUAAUUGAACUUUGGAAUGGCGUGGCUGAAGAGACCGGUCUAGGGCGUUGUUACAUUCCUCGAGGUUGUACUUAUCCACCGAUUGGGAAUAAAUUUCAAAUUGGCCUCUCCACUUGGUCUGUUAAUGGUGCUGAAACUCGAACUGAAAUCAUUGAAGAUAGCCUGCUUAUUUUGAAUCAACAUCGUCCCUAUUUGGAGAUGCUGCUUAAGAUACUACAACAUGGUUGGAUGUCUAUUCUUAUUGGUCCCAGAGGGGCAGGUAAACGCUCACUGGUACACUUAGCAGCUCAAAUUGUUCAUCGUCACGUCGCCACUGUUGCUCUUUCCCCGUCGGCAGACACGGUUGAAUUACUGGGGGCUUUUGAACAGCAUGAAAAUGGAGGGAUCUUCGCGUGGAUAGAUAGUCCUCUAGUGCGUGGAAUUCGUGAAGGCCACUGGGUCGUUUUGGAGAAUGCUCAGCUCUGCAGUCCCUCCGUUUUGGAUCGCCUGAAUAGUCUCCUGGAACCAGGAGGCGAUUUGCUGAUAAGCGAACGUGGUCUGGACGCCAAUGGCGAGUUAGUUCGACUGAAGCCUCAUUCAGAGUUUCGUUUAAUUCUUGUGGUUGAUGACAAUACCCCUACGGUUGCAAGCUACUCCAAUAAUAUCUCCAGAGCAAUGCGAAACAGGGGUGUUGAAAUGGUGCUCACUAAUGAUUUGACGUUCCACAAGGAAGAUCUCCAGCGUCUAAUUCUCAACACUGGCCUCUCACCGGCUUGCGUAAACGCUCUUUUGACCUUUGAAUCUUCUGUGAUUCAACGUAUGCAUACUUUAGCUCCUGAGGUUACUGCAUCUUCACUGCCUCCUCGUAAACCACCGGUUGGUGCAUUGCUUUCCGCUGCGCGGGUAAUUCAACAAAUCACCAGUGGUAAAGAGCUGGACGCACUUAUGGGUUCAGAGGGAGCUGAGGAGACAACAGAAGAUAUCGCUCCAUGGAUGGUCAGAUGGAAGGGUGAAGACUCCAGAAAGAAGGCCUUUGCUAAAGCUCUCAUCGAUGUCUAUUCUCGAAGACAAACGGACCACAAUGUCUCUCAGGUUCUAAUUAAAGCCAUCUGCAAUUUCGUAGACAAUGAGCUAUCUACCUUGCUAGUGUCAGAUCAAAUUCCUCUUCAGCCUCGACUUAAUCAUGUCAGUGAACUCCUUUCCUCAAUUUCACCUCUAGUCAACCAAUGGCGACAUGUCCUCGAACAUUGCUCAGCAGUUCUCUCAUCAUCUGAUAAUUCUCUUCUCCCUAUUCUUAUUCGAUUUUCCGUUGAACGUGGAUUCAAGAUACCCUCCUCCACAGUGUCACUUUCUAUUAAGCAAUUCGCAUCAUCUAUUAAUGAAGUCGAUAAUAUAGAUCUACGUUGGAUUCCUGGUUGGACUUGCAUUGUAAAUCGCACUUCUGAGAAUCUUCUCUCUACUUGGAAUUCUCGAAUUGUUGAUGCAUUCCUCUCGAAUCUGAAGUCAUUCCAUGAUAGCAUUCUCUCCACUUCAAGCUCAUUGACUUUCAAUGAUCAGAUUCCCGUUAUUUGUGCUCUAGAUCAUUUCGUUAAGGGAGAUAUUCCUAUUGCAUUUUCAGAAGCUUAUCCAGGUCUUCAAGGCCUUUACUCAGAGUUACUGAAUGCUAUAAGCAGCCUCAGAGAAACCUUUUACAAUUGCGGUCAUGGUCAUCUUGAUUUCCGCCAUUUCCUCUCAGCUCUGGCCAAGCUUACCGCCUGGUUGGAGCAAUUUGGUUCCCAACCGAUUGGAUCCGCUUCUGAUUGGUCGGAAAGAAUCGAGUUCUUUGCUCACUAUUGUUGCUCGUCACAAGCUGGUGUUGCAGCUGCAGUUAGGAUGAUGGAAUUAAUCCGCAGAUACCUUCAAGCACCAGUUCCAAAGAGUAUGGAAUCGCCUAAAAGACUCGAUAUCUGCCACCUUCCUUGGGCCAAAUUGGCUCUUGUUGCUCAAGAUCAGAUAUCUACUCUGCUGAAUCCUAUGGACGUCGAUGAGAUGGACAAGGCAAUGGAGGUGCCUGAUUUACCUUCCUCGGAGACUUCUGAAAGUAUGCGUUUGUGGCCAGUUCUUGCUACUGGUCUAGUGUUUUGUCGAUCCAAGGAUGCUUCCUUCACAGAAUGGUCUGAAAAUAUGUCAAAAAACCUGCUUGUGGAACUUGGUAUUCAGCUUGGAGCUCUUUCACGUCCGCGGUUGCUCGAACUAUGUACUGUAUCCUCUGAGAAGUCUUCUGAAAGUAUAACCGAUGUCCUUCUCCUUAGGAACCGAGCAUUUUCAUCUCUAGAACUAUCUGAUCCAUUUGGCUUAGCGAAACCUGAUCUUGUCCAUGAGUGGCGAAGCCUAUCACAAUCGGUAUUAGCUGUUAACCACACUGAUUCUUUGAGCUCCCAGAGCGAUGGGGCAAAUUGUUCCUUCGCUGACUGGAUCUCCCAUCAGCAAAUACUGUCAGAUUUAUUCCAUUUGCUUCAAAAACUUGUACCUUUAUCGACCAAACAUCACAGAAUUAGCCAUUCUGUAGACAGUGAGAUCCCUGAACUAAUCGGUCUGUCACGAUCUCUAUUCUGCACCAUUUUGACGGCAAUUCACAAACGUUCACGUGGAAAAUUGAGUGAUGACUCACCUCCAAUUUCAAGUCUUUCUGAGGUUAUAGCUUCUCUUAGUGACGACAAUGUGGAGGAUUUUGCUGACACAGUCGAUUCUCACAUGGGUCGAUUUCUUUCCGACCAGCCGUUACUUCUUCGUCUGCUUCGAGCAUACUGUGCUUGCUUAAAGGGAUCGUCAGGGAAUCGGGACGAAGCAAUUGCACGUGCUUGGGUUGUCUAUGGCGCUCUGCAAAUGCAAUGUGCUUUUCCAGCAUCCCCUCUCGAUCCCAGCAUCGUGAAUGCAUUCAAAAUUACAAUUACUCGCGAUGAGCUCCAUCGGCUUGAAACGGACCUUAAAGUUAGAGCAGUUAUCAGAUCUAUUGAAGUGGGGUCUUGUGGACUCCCAUGUACAAGUACUGAUUUAUCUCUACCUCACACUGGCUGUGUGGAUAUUGGAACCAUCCAAUCAAACGUUGAAGCAGGCUUAGAACAUCCUCUUGUUGGAGCGAUCGUCCAACGACGAGUCAAGGUUGCCAGGCGAUUGGAACGUCUGGAAGAGCGUCAGGUUGUGAAACAGGACCAUACUGCACUGCAAUUGAGGGCGACUUCGAAUUCACAUUAUGUGGAACUGAGACGUCGACUAACAGCAUUCAAUCAGAACUUUACUGGAGAUUUCUUACUGAAACUUUUGGAGAAUGGUGUGUUCUCCAGGUCAGGAGCCCUUCAACAAUGGAUUGAAACUGCUGCCUCGCUCUCUGAAUGGUUUAUUCAACCUCAGAGACUUCAUAUCUAUGCAGAUGUUGUGGAACCGUACCUUUUGGGCUUAUCUAAGGUCGUCCAUGGUUUACGAAGCCUGGUGCAACUGGAGGUCUCCAAGGAUGAAAAUGCCACCAACUUUGUUAGUCUCGUGGAAUGUCUCUCAACGGGGAUGUUUCCAACACUCGCAACUAAUACUACAACAUCAGCCAAGGGUCUUCCUUUGACCCCAUGUCUCCAGCUAAUUCGUCACCUUGUCUCACCACAAAUUCGCGGUCUUCUUCGUGGGUCGAUAUGGAAAGAUCGUGAAUCGGAUAGUGGUGUUCUUUCUGGAAGGUCAAUUUAUAUCGACGCUCGUGAUGUUUUGGCUCAUAGACGCGAGGUUUCUCUUCUGAAAUUGGAAACGGAAUAUCGAAUGAACUCUCACAUUCUCAAUCUAAUCAUUAUGGAUCGUCUCUCAUCAACAUCUCUAGCCCAGCACCACGUAGACUUCAUAUCUCAUCUUCUGAAAGCCCUCACUGGCUAUCUGUGCCUCCGUUGGCGUAGAAGAGAGGCUAGAAGAAAGCGUGACGCGGAGAGACGUGCUGCUCUUUUCAUCGAAGCCGAGCAGCGUCGUCGGAAGUGCUACGAUGAACUCCAAUCCGCUGCUUCUACAAUAUCUUCCUCAAAGAACAUAAAGAAAAAGAAGGGAGUAACUCGUGCAGAACGCAGAAAGAGGGUUCAAGAAGCUUCGGAAGACAGGGAACUCCCCGAACUCGUUGACGCAGGUCUUAAUGAUGAAGUUGAGUGGAGAUUGAGAUUCUCAGAAACUGGUGCUAUUGAGGCCAGAAAAGCUUUGACGUUCGCUUCUGGUGAUUUCGAGGGAUUGAGGUUGUCGAAAGAGGAUGCAAUUCAACACGCUGUUCGAAGCAUUGAAGGAGUGAACUCUUGGUUUGAAAAAGAAUUGGCGAAUGCAGAAGGGGAGACAGAGGCGGAGUCAGAAUGGUUACCGGGCGAUGAAGAAUUAGUGGGAUUUGUUGAUCGACUCGUUUUUGUUCUACUUCAUAUUUCUCAACGUGACUCAGGAAACGUUGACUUCGUAUCACUGGCUGAGAAACAUUGGUGGAGAACAUUUAUUGAUGGAUAUCAAUUUGCUGGUCAUCUGUUAGCCCAUUCGAGGUACCAGUUGCCUGCUAAAUCGGAUGAGUUCUCAAUGCCAUCACAUCUUCUUGCAACUGCUCGCUUUGCUCUCUCAGCUCGAGAUGAUUCAGAAUCAGUUGAAUUGGAGAAGGUCUUCUCCUUUGAACCCAUUCAACAGCUUUUUAAGACGGAGUCAGUGACUCGUAGAAAGCGGUGUUUGGAUGUGUAUCAUGAUCCGAUUCCCAAAUCAGAGGGCAAGAAGGCAUAUGCCAUGAUGGUUGCUGUUCGAGCUCGGGUUUUGCAACUGCUCCAAGAGUGGCCGGAUCAUCCUGCUUUACUAAAGAUUAUCACUGUCAUCAAUCGGAUGUGUGCAUUCAGUAUUAAUGACUGCCUGACAAAGUACAUCACUGCAUUUGAGAUGUUGUUGGCUGAGAUGCAGGAAUGGGAAAAGAAUGCUGCUCGUCAUGUAUCCAUAUCCGAUGCCUUCAGGUCCGUUUGUGAUCUUCUUAUUGAGUGGCGAAAAUUGGAGUUGAAAUGUUGGAUGGCCUCACUGGAUACUUCCACUGAAUCAGCAGCCAAUAGUUGUUCCUCGCUCUGGUUCCACCUUCAAAGUGUCUUCCUUCAACCUACCUCAACCGCCAACAUUGCUGAAGAUGAUCAGUGUCAAAUCCUGCUAGAGUUCAUGGAGAACGGUCCAGUGGGUGAAUUUGCUGCUCGUUGGCGUCUUCUGGCUGCCCUCUACAAUGCCAUCGCUAUCUGGCCUGGUCUUUCUGACACGCAUCGUUUUUCGGCUCGAAGAAUGGUGGGAAAUGUGGCCUGGUUCUACGGCCAAUUCAUACCACAUGUGAAAAAAUUCCUUCUAGAUGAACAGAAACCCAUUCGUAAAGAGAUGAGCAAUUUUAUUUCCGCCAUGAAAUGGGGUGAUUAUAUCGGCUUUUGGACAAUGAAGGAGAAUGUGGAUAAGUGCAAGAAAACUAUCCACAAACACAUCCGAACCUGGGAGGGUAUUCUACGACAGUCAGUGAAACCAUGCUUCGAUGCCGCAAUCAAGACGUCUAUAGAAAUGCCAGUCCCUGAUACUACCAUGACAAUCUUAGAACAUAUUCAGUCAAUUGAAGAAAAGGACUUCGGGGUUUUCAGGCUGUCACCAGAAAUGAAGACCUGGCUCUCAAAACUGACCGAAGAAAGAGAAAUGCCUGUCAAUAUUCGCCGACUCCCAGUAUUGACCAAACGCUUCAAAGCUCAUAUAAUUUGCAUCUCGAAUUCGGCACCUUGCUUGUCUUGGAUACAACAAUUAUGUGAAUGUCUUGGCGAUUGGAUGAAACGUGUCAAGGAGCUAUCUCGUUCAACUCAGCAACUCGAUUCCGAAUCUCCGCCCGAGAAAGCUCUUAUUGCUGUUCUCAACGAAAAGGAGACAUACAGGGACUCAAAAUCAAAGGACAUUGAUGAAGAAGAUCUGAAAAAGGCGAAGGAUUGGUCUAGUCGAUACACAGCUCUGCAGCAAAGUAAGAAACUUGCUCUUCACGAUUGGUUCCGUCUCUCGUUUGGACUUCGCCAGUUGAAGUUUACUCAAAACGCUCUGAGAACUGAAGAUGAACCUGAUCUCUCAGACAAUGAUCUAAGUGAAUUGCCUUUGUCAGAUGGUGAAGUUCCCAAAGAUGAGCAUGAUAUGUGUCUGGGUCUGUCAUAUCGUCGAGGUCUUCGAAAGAGUCCUUUUGAGAAACCUCGCAGUCAGCUCAUGUCAAAGCUGGGAGGUGAUCUGUGGUCUUUUUCCACAAAUCCUCCUCCUGUUUCUAUUAAACACUUGGAACAGCUUAUUUCUUCAGCGAGCAUUUCUCAACUACAAAAAAUGGCUUCUGAGAGUUUAGCUCGGCUUCUCUCCCUCCGAUCUGGUUUGCCAAAACAUCCAGAUAAAUCUGAGAUUGUCGAUGAUUUGGGAGGCCGUCAAGGUGUGGAAAAACUUAUUGGAUCGUUAGAUGACCUCUUGGUGAACUGUGUGGAUGCUUUUGAACCCUUCGGUGAUCUUUACUCGACUUUCCUGAAAUUGAAGGAAAAGGUUGAAGAGAUUCAUGCUACCUACAACAAAGGAGAGGCAUCAGAUUCUAUGAUUCCCUGUUCAAGACAAUCCAUGCGCAAAUUGAGGGCUUCUCGGGAUAGGAUAGCAAAUCUUGCAUCUAGUUGUAUUCAGCAAUGGAAUAAGUUCACCGAAACAUGCUCUAGUCUUUCAAUUCCGCCAUCACAGUCUUUGAAUCGUCUUCUGGACGCUAAUUCGGAUUAUUUUCUUACAGAGGCCGCUACUUGUGAUAUUACAAAGGUCUUCAUGGACUUCAAAUCGCGUCUAGAAUGUCUAUCGAAUCGUUUAGAUCAACGCAUUCCAAGGUUCUCCAUUGCUAUUACUAAGGAUAUUAUAGACCAGCAGGAAAUUCUUAAGGUAUCUGCGCAAGAAUUUAUUCAAUGUUGCCAGGAGAUUACUAUCCAAACUCGGGUUGAUGCAGGUCUUCUCUCAGUUGCUAAUUCUCUGUAUUCUGAAGUUGAAGCCUCUAAUGAAUUGCUCUCUAUAGCACGGAAUUCUGUUUCCGAAACACCCGAUUUUGAAAAGCGUGUUAGUUCAAUAAUUUCGAAGACUUUAGUCACGCUUCAAUGUCUCAAACACUUAGACGAAUCGAUUGAAGUUGAACGCGGAAUGAUUGAUCAGUUGAAAAAUUGCGCAUCCGUCCUUCCAGAGAGUUGCAUCUCGAAACUUGAAGUCAUUAAUUCGAGUAUUGAUAAACUCUCCCCAUCGUGCGCAAAUGAUAUUCUUCACAUUCAGUCUAUCACUCCUCUUCUUGCAUUGCUUCUGAAUGUCGUCUCUUUGAGAUUGAGGCAUUUGCUUGGACUUCUUAUUUCUUGGCUUGAGUUAGGUGAAUUUCUUGCUCAGGUUGCCUUCCGUCUGCUCAACGAAGGCUUCUGCAAACCAUCAGCUCUACAGAAGGCCUUUGGAGCUGGGGCCACCGGAAAAGAAGGUGCAGGCAGUGAAAAUAGCAAUUCUGCAGCCAAUGAGAAUGAUGAAGGUGGCUGCACAAGUAUCAAUGCUGAAGGCGUGGACACCAGCGGAGCUAAAGACGUUUCCAAAGAGCUCCAAUCACAGGAACAGAUUGAGGGCACAACAGAUCACCACCAAAGUCGUGAGGAGGAUCAAAAUGAACCACCUCCCGAGGCAGACGAUAAUGGAAUCGAGAUGCCGGAUGACUUUGAUGCAGCAUUUGACGAUGGAAGUGGAAGAGAGGAGAAAGACCCUAAUAAGGAUGAUGCGAAAGAUCAGGAUGAAGAUAAUUUACAGGAUGUUGAUGAACAACUGGGCGAAGCGGGAGACGAACCCGAUGAGUUUAAUCAAGAAAUGUGGGCCUCCGACGGCGAGGAAGAAACGGAAGAGGAAGAUGAAAAUGAUCGAAAAAAUGCUGACAUGGAUGAAGGUGGUGUACAGGAUGAUGCUAGAUCCAAUUCCAAGUCCUCUAAAUCCACAGCUGUUAACGAGAAACCUGACGAGAAACCAGCUAAAAAUGACGCACAGGAACAGGAGGAAGAAGGUGAGGUCAAUGAAGAUGGCGAAGAUACAAGAACCGGUGCUAAGGAGAAGGAAUCCUCCUCGGCUGAAAAUGCGAAUAAGACUGAGACAGUGGCUGGAUCUGAGAAUAAAGAGGAGGAUGAAGGGGUUGAAGAGAAGGAGAUGGCUAAUGCCAUGAAGGAUGAUGAAAAUCGGCUGGCUUCCCAGGAAGCAGAGUUGCUAGAAACGGAAAAACAAAAUGAAGAGGAGGUUGAGGUAACAAAUGAAGAUCCAAUGGAUGCAUUUGGCGAGAAUAUGGAUCUUGAUCCGAAUCCAGAGGAGUAUGAAGACAAGAAUGAUUCUCAAGUUCCAGAUGAAGAGAUUGAUUUGAAGGCUCAACCCAUGGAAGUGGAGGAAGACGGUAAGGAUGAAGACCAAUCAAAUGAAAUGGAAGUAGAUGGAACUGAAGAAACUGAUAAAACAAAACCAUUGGAUGAUCAAAUGAUAUCCAAUUACAACCCCGGAGCUGGAGAUUUGAACACUGGCAAUACGGAAGCUUUCGACAAAAACCCAGAUUAUAGAGAGAAUCAAGAUUCCACUGUCACGGGUGAAAUGGAAGCUUCCGAGGAGGGGACCCAAAAUAACGAAGAACAGCAACGAUCCCAAGCCGGAGGUUCAGGAAAGGAGACUGGAGAUUUCUCCGCGGGCAUGCCUUCGGUUCCAAAUCGCGAUAGCUCCUCUGAACCGCCUACAUCUCGACGUAAACAGCAAGGCCCCCGACCAACAUCAGAUCAGAGAACCAGCACACUGGGUGAUAAGGAGAAGCAGCAGCCUUUGCGACAACCCGAGAUUCUCGAAGCCUCAAAUUCGGAGCCUAUGGAGGAGCCAGAAGAUGGCGGAGAAGGUGAAGUGGAUGCAGUUCAACACAUCACUGACGAAAAUGCGUCAGCACCACUCACUGCUUUCGACUCUGCGACAGAUGCUCAACAGAAGGAAGUGGAAGAAGAGAAUGCUGGUAUUAGUGAAAAUCCUGACGAGAAGUCUGAGAAACCUGGCACUGAUCCAAAUCAACUUCAAUCAAUGCCCGAGGACAAAACGGAGGAGGCUGUAGUUGCUGAGUCGAAACUCCCACCUAUAUCCAACAACGCCUCUCAUCAAGAUCGAGACCCAAACAAUUCGAACUCAGCUGGUAAUGAGGUACGGACUCUUCCAAAACUCGAUAUGGAGUUAAUCGCAACACAUGGAGCUCAGCGUCCAUCUAAUUCUACCUUUAACACCACUCUUCCUCCUUCGACAUUGCCAGACUUACCUUCUCAAUGGCUAGUACCACUUCCUCCACCACCUCAAAUGCGUCGUCAAUAUGGCAACAGUGAAAAGGAACGGGAACUGAUCACUUCAGCCGCUCUGGAUUGGAGUGCUUAUGUGACAAGGUCAUCAGGAUUGUCUGUACAACUCUGUGAAGCUCUCAGACAAGUUCUUGAACCCACACGUGCUUCCAGAAUGAAGGGGGACUUCCGUACCGGAAAGAGAUUAAAUAUGCGCAAAAUUGUUCCUUAUCUGGCGAGUCAAUUCCGAAAGGAUAAGAUUUGGAUGCGAAGAACUCAGCCGAAUCAGCGCGAUUACAAGAUUUUGAUUGCCGUGGAUAAUUCUUCCUCAAUGGCUGAUAAUCUUUGCAAAAGUAUGACAUUUGAAGCACUGGCAACUGUGAUAAACGCACUCAAUCUUCUGGAAGCUGGCAAAAUUGGGGUCUGCAGUUUUGGUGAAUCUGUCGAAGUUGUUCGUGGAAUGGGUGAACCCUGGACGAACGAAAUGGGUGCCUCGAUGUUAGCCAAAUUCGACUUCAAGCAGUCUCGAACCUCUCUCAUUCAGCUCCUACAAACGUCCAUUAGUUUGAUGCAAGUAGCAGGGGAAGGCAGUGCCACCAGUCGAGGAGUUCCAGCCAGUCAACUUCUACUCAUCCUCUCUGACGGUGUGUUCUCUGAAGACCCACAGAGUCCUGCUCUUCAAGCUGCUGUUCGGCUUGCUCGUGAUCACCAUCUCUUUGUUGUCUGCAUCAUUAUUGAUGAUAACAAGAAGAAGAUAGAAAUAGGGAAUUUGGACUAUUCAGCGUCAUAG